AUGGCAAACGACCCAUCGACAUCGGAAGAAGCGAAGACCGCUGAGGCAGCGCAAAUCGAUUCAAGCACUGAUCCGGAUAAGGCGAAAUUCCCGAUUCCAAAAUGGGCAACGCGGCCACCCGGUGGAUUUCAUCUGGAUGUUGUGAAGAACGGUCAAUUGCUGCAGAAAGUCUUCAUCGACGAGAAGAAGACCUACUAUUUUGGAAGAAAUCCAAAACAAGUUGAUGUUGUUGUUGAACACGCUUCGUGUUCUCGUGUCCACGCAUUGUUGAUCUACCACGAAACACUGCAACGAUUCGCUUUGGUCGACUUGGGCAGCAGUCAUGGAUCGUUUUAUGGAAAAAUUCAAUUGGAGCCAUUGAAGCCGCUGUUUUUGGAGCCGGGAGCCGAGUUUCACUUGGGCGCCUCAUCGAGGAAGUUUGUGAUUCGCGAAAAGAUGUAUUUGAAGUCAACAGGGAAAGAUGAUGACGAAUACAAGAGUACUCAGCCAACGGAUAUCCAACUUGAGCAAGUUACCGAAUACAAUACGGCACAGAAUCGACGAAUCACGGCGGUUCCGAUCUCAAAUGAGGAGGCACGACGAAAGCAACGACCAAGGGGCAAUGUGGCUUUCAUUGAGCAGGAGGAUAUCAUAAAUCCUGAAGAUGUCGACCCAACAAUUGGGCGUUUCCGCAAUCUCGUCACAACGGCCAUCAUUUCAUCAGCUUCGGCGGUGAAACGUCCGAAUCAAUCGUCGGGACCGGAGCCAGCACGGAAAAUUGUGCGACCGACAAGGGAGGCAUCGAGAUAUCAGGCACCAAUCUCGACAACGUUGAAUAUUACGCUGAAUGCAGCUCCUGAUCUCGAAUUGUACAAGGCGUUGCCCAAACCAAUCACGGAGUCGAUGACCCCAAUGGCUGCUAUUCAUGUUGAUGAUGAGGAGGAUAAUGCACCACACAAGAAAAAAUACGCCAAGGAAAGCUGGCCGGGAAGAAAACCCCAAGGAGUUUUU